UGAGUGCGUGGAGAAUAUUAGCAGUCAGUAUGGAGACACCAUCAGCGUCCCCUGCAGCCCUGGAGACACGCCCUCUCAAGACAUCUUCAUGAUCAAGUGGAAAUACGAUAAGGAGGAUGGCACUUCUGGUGACCUUCUGGUGAAGAGGCAGGGACACAAUGCCACCAUCACUGCCCCGGAGGAGUUCACGGGCAGACUGUCCAUCGGCGAGGACAACAGUCUCCUAAUCGCCAACGGAGUCCUCUCCGACCAGAGGACCUUCACCUGCAUGAUCGUCAUGGCGUCGGACAUCACAGAGCUCGCAGUAGAGGUGUUCAUCCACAAAUCCCCAGAGGCAGUGGAGCUCACGAACAACCCCGCCGCUGUGGAGAUGAACAAACUGACCACGAUUGGGGAAUGCAGUGCAGAAGAUGCCAACCCUGCAGCCAAGAUCACGUGGUUCAGGAACGACGCCCCUCUGAAGGAUGACGGCAAAGGUGUGGUGAUCACGGCAUCAGAGACAGUGGACCCAGACACGGGCCUGAGCAGCACCCUCUCCAGGCUGCAGUACAUCGCAGGGAAGGAGGACGCCGCGGCCCGGUUCUCCUGCGCCGUCACUGACACUCCCCUCAGGUCCACACCUGUCCAGUUCACCAUCAACUACCCCACAGAGAAGGUGAGCCUGGAGGUCACGACCCCCGGGCCCUUCCUGGAGGGUGCUGACAUCACACUGCGUUGCCACGCCGACGGAAACCCCCCUCCCUCCAGCUACGUUUUCCACCUGCAGGGGGAGGAAGUGACGGUGGAGGACGAGGACGUGUACACGCUCAGCAACGUCACGCGGGAGAAGACCGGAGAGUACAAGUGCUCACCGCUCGACAACGCCAGCCUGCUGGCUUCCCACAACAUCACCAUUCACUAUCUGGACGUGAGCCUGAGCCCCUCUGGACGGGUGGUGAAGUCGGCGGGGGAGACUCUGCCCGUCACACUGCAGAAGGACGCCUCCAGCAAGGUCACCGUGUCCUGGACCAAGAACCAGGCCAGUCUGUCAGAGGAGCCCCAGUUUGAGCGGCUGAAGUACUCCGACUCAGGGCUGUACGAGUGCCAGGUGUCCCUGGGGGAACUGACAUCCACACACUCCUUUGAGCUGCUGGUGAAAGGGUCUCCUGUGAUCACCAGCCUGAGGGAGCAGAUGAGUGCUGAUGGGAAACACAAGGUGCUGAGCUGUGAGGCUGAGGGUUACCCCAAACCCAGCGUGGAGUGGAGCGGCAUCAACGGCACCAGCGAGGAAGAAAGCGACUACGUUGACGGCAAGGUCACUCACCGGCUGACUGUCAUGCCCAAAGCCAACCUGACCGUCACCUGUUUGGUCAUGAAUGACCUGGGGAGUGACAGCAAGAACACAAAGGUCUCAUCCUUAUUGGUUCACAUUGAUGACAGAGAGGUGACAAUGGACAAACAAGACCAAUCAGAGGAGUCUGGGGACCAGACCAAGCUGGCCGUGGGGAUCGUCAUCGCCCUGCUCCUGGCUACGGUAGCUGUGGCCCUGGGCUACUGGGUGUACAUCAAGAAGUCAAAACAAGGCAGCUGGAAGACGGGGGAGGAAGAUGGCAACACGGAGGAGAGCAAGAAGCUGGAGGCCCCUCAGAAGGCGGAGGUGUAGAGCGAGAGAGAGAGCGCACGCAGACACAGAAUGGGAAUCGGAGUUGUGUCGCUGACGGCGUGUCUGAUGUCCGUGUCCACAUGUUCUUUAGUUAGUUGUGAGAGUCGCUCCAGAGGCUUGUGUCUCCCCCUCUGUUUCCCCUGCACCCGUCCCUCAGAACCCCUCAAAGAUCACCUCAAAGAUCCCCUCAGAACCCCUCAAAGAUCCCCUGCACGCUGGACCCCCAUAGACUCCUCCCCCUGGUACACCCCUCCCCCAAAAGGCCCCUCCCCUUAACUUCACAUGUGUUUUUGUUUUCCUUCACUUUCAUUGAGGACCAAGUAAAUUAAACUAAAACGAACGACCAAAUGAAUAAAUAACUCGGUCGAAUAAGUUAAUUCUGUGUUAGCUCUCUGCUCUGCUGAUUAGCUAGGUUAUGUUCCUGUAGUUCCCAGCCCCAGUGCUACUAGUGUCGGGUUUUGGUAAUAGUUCCUGAUAAUAGUUCCUUGCACAGAAAAGACGUACCAGGACACCACACAUGCUGAUAGAAAAUGUAGAGAGUUUGUUGAAAAUGUGAACCGAAAGAGUGUCUGUUUUUGUUUUUGUUUGUCAUUCUGAGUGGGGUUCUGCAAGCCUGUUGUUACUGAGAGAUGGGGUAUGAGAACACUACGACAGUGUGUAGGCCACAGAGCAGAACGACUCCGGAGCCGACCCGACCCGGCCCGACCCUGUCCUGAUUCGGUUCUGAUUUGGAGUCGAUCCAGAUACAGAUCUUGUCCUGGUCUGGCCCUGAUCGGGUCUUGGUCUGGUUUGGAUGUGGUUCUGAUCCGGCUCCUGAUGUGUAGUGUAUCCGGUCAGACCCACUCUGCAGUCAGCUACUCUGGCAGGCCUGUGUAGGUUCUCUGCUUCAAGCUACCAAUCUGAGGUGUGUGUGUUACUCUAGCUGCUGUAGAUAUGGGUACAUCACACACACACACACACACACACACACACACACACACACACACACACACACACACACACACACACACACACACACAGACACACACACCAGCUAGAGUAGAGCUGGCCUUGCGGGAGGUGUUCUCUCUGUAAUUCAGAAAAAAAUGUAUUAUAUGCUUAAGAGUGUGGGAUGUGUCAUGUUACAUAGGGUCUCCACUGUUUGUUUCUGUUCAUUUUGUGUCUUUGUUUUCAAUGCUGUAUGUGUAUGCGCCGUGUAUGCGCUGUGUCAGACUGGUUUGUCUCUGGGAAGGUGCAGAGUGCUUCUCAUUGUGUGUGAACGAAUCAGCUCUGCUGUGCUGCGGGGUGCACUGGUCUGGAGUCUGCUGGGCUGCGGGGUCCACUGGUUCGGCCACACAGUGAGCAGUCCAGCAAACCCGUCUCACUGUGGCGGGCGCUGGGGAGCAUUUCCGCAUGUGUAAAUACAGCAGCAGACCUUUCUAUGUUUUGUGCUCUAUUUAUAUUGUUCAGGAUAAACACUGGUUGCGUAAGGGUGGUGCGUUAGCAGGAUUCAUAUGGAUGACACACACACUCACACACACACACACACACACACACACACACACAGGAUUAAUCAGUUGUCUCUGAAGCAUACCUCCACAAAGGCUCAGAAGUACAGAACUGUUCUUACUUGCAGGCUUGAAGAACAUGGUUUCCCAGGUUUGUUUCCCACCUUAUUUGAGAAUCCACUUAAGAAAAACCACGUUCUACUUCAUCAGGCCCAUUUCCUGGUGUAGCUUUAACUCUAAUUGUUCUUGCAUUAAAAAAACAGAUUGGCAGUCAACCAAAGACAGUGAAUGAGGCCAUGCAAGUACUGUAAAUACUGACUAUUGUUUUUGUACUUUUGUUUAAAAUAAAGUGUACAUUUUGAGGAAAAAGUUCUCCACACA